AUGGAGCAGGUGGCGCCAAAGAGGAAGCCGAACCCGAAACGUCUUGAGAAGACUCUGUUCGUGAACCACAAGGCGGAACAGGCGCUGGAGAAGAGACUUGAGUCUAUCUCACUCACCUCCAGACUCCGGAUGAUGGAGUUGGACAGAGAGAGGAUCACCUUGAAGAACGAAUACCGCCUCAGCAGGCGCCGUAACGUCUCCUGCUCAAAACCAAGGUCACGGUCACCGUCACCCUUUGUUGCCUCGAGACCGUCACGGCAUCAGCCACUUGAUCCUGUCAAUGCGUAUCUGCUGACGGAGUACCGCCGGGUGUCCGAAGUCAUUCCCUCUAUACUGAUGUCCCUGUCCGCUAAAGAAGAGCAGAAACAAGAGUUCGUUGCCAUGACGACAACGGAACCGAACAGGACACAAGCGGGUGGUGUUGAUGAGCCUGACAUGUCAAAAAUUCAAAAGUUGAUACGGAACGUGAAGAAGAUGCGUCAGGACAUGAACGUGAGUAAAAGACUGGACAGCAACCGUUGUAAGGUUAAUUUUAAAGAUUUGAUGAAAAACAUUGAAGAGAGGGAACAAAGAGGCAGCCCGUCGGACACCUACACUGACGGCGCGUGCUCAUUGCUGAGACGGAAGAUGAACAAGAUGAGACGCGAGGGCGACACACCCAUGCAGUCCCAGGGGUUGGCCAUGACCAGAAGUGUGACGACGCUGGGCAUGCCGGGAAGACAGAAGACAUCACUUCCGGCCUACUCGAAGAGUCAGUUGGCUGAGGAGGACGAGUUCAUCACGAGGACCAAGGUAUCAAGGGAGCUGGAGAACUAUGACAAGAUCAGGGGGAGGAUUGGCACGUUCAUGGAUACAAUGAGUCAAUCACGGCUACCUCCCCUUGAGCAAGAUGAACUUACAGAUUAA